AUGAUGGCAGACAUACAAUAUACAAUUGUUUCAUUAAGAGAAUUAAAUACCAAGCUUACAGUUGAGAUUAGUGAACUUAGAAAAAAAUAUGUUGAGCUUGAAGUUAAGAAUAUCAAAGUCGAAGCUGAGAAUGCAAAAUUAAAACAAGACAAAGAGGUUGAAGCCAGAUUCUUGAAUCUAGAGCAGAGAGAUAGGGAAAAAACUGACCUUAUUGCUAAAUUGAAACAUGAUGUCUUACUAAUCAGGGAGCAGAGCUUGCAAAACAAGGGCAAUGGAUAUACUGAUAACACAUCUGAUGAUGCAGAGUAUCGAACAUCUGAUUCUGAUAUAUACCAAGUAAAGGAAGAAUCAGGAAAUCUUUACUAUAGUCUUGUAAAGGAUAACCAUUCUUCUAUAUCCCCUGAAACAAAUCAUAAUCAUGAAGACACCCCCACAUUUGAUAUAACUGACGAUACUUCAAAUUCAAACGUAUGUCAGGAGACAAAGACUCAGCUGGAGGCUGGUUCACAUCAAUGCUUCACAUCACCAAUUUGUAUAGAAAACAACUCUUCAGAGGAUAAAGUAAUCAAUAAAUUUCUAGACCUAAAAAAAAAAAAAGGUAAAAAUAAAGUACAAAAAUUCAUGACAAAAGUUUCUAAAAACUCUAGUUCGUCUAUUAGUAAUAGUAAUGUAGACAAUGAUGUGAUACCUACAAUCCUGAAUGAAACAGAAUCUCAACCCAGCAAUAAUAGCUUCAUAUUUUUAUAUGAAAAACUUUGUAAUGCUAUAAUUCUCACUAACUGUAAAACCCAAGAAGCAAUCUUAUAUUAUUAUAAUUUUGGCAAAGCUCUCAUUUAA